GCCCUUACAGCCAAAUGGAGGAAGGCGGGGAAUCUUCCCGCACGGGGGCGCUGCACCUGCCCAGAGGAGGAGCCAGAAUCGGAUUAGAUUUUCAGCCGCUCGGGCUCACUUGUAGGAAGAACGCAUCCCGAACAUGAAGCGCCGCGAAGGCAUUGAGAAUCCAGCUUUUGUCCCCUCCACCCCAGACACCCCGCACCGUUCUUCCGCAUCGCCUUCUUAUGUCCAGGUCUCUGUCUCGUCCAUCAACAACAAGGAAGACAAUUCCCGACCACAGGAGCCGCCUGAACUCCCUAAGUCUCGGGAACCACCUCUGCCUUCAGCUACUCCCCCAGGAUCCCCAGAGCCUCCCGGACCGGAGUUGCUGUCCGAAUUCCAAGAAGGGCCCUGCGGCUGGGGGAACUUCCAACCUCAAUGUCUCCAGCGUUGCAACACGCCGAAAGGUUAUCUGUUUUAUUACUGCCUCUUGGCUCUCACUCAAGGUGUUGCAGUAAAUGGCCUUGUAAACAUUAGCAUUUCCACUAUUGAGAAACGCUAUGAAAUGAAGAGUUCACUGACAGGCCUGAUAUCAUCAAGCUACGAUAUAGCAUUUUGUGUGCUAUCUUUAUUUGUAUCAUUCAUUGGUGAAAGAGGACACAAACCAAGAUGGCUUUCCUUUGCAUCCUUUAUGAUAGGAUUGGGAGCGCUUGUAUUUUCAUUGCCGAAAUUUUUUACUGGAAGAUAUCAACUGGGGUCCCUUUAUGAAGAUACUUGCUCAACAACAGGGAGUGAUCCAAACUGUUCCUCUUCAAGUUCUUCACUUUCUAACUUCUUGUAUGUCUUCAUCUUGGGACAACUAUUGAUGGGAACAGGAGGAACUCCUCUCUAUACGCUGGGAACAGCUUUUAUUGAUGAUUCUUUGCCUACACACAAAGCUUCUCUCUAUAUAGGAAUUGGCUACUCAAUGUCAAUAUUAGGCCCUGCUGUUGGCUAUCUGUUGGGCGGACAACUAUUAACCUUGUACAUUGAUCUUGGCAUGGGAAAAAGUGUUAGUAUCACUGAAGAAGAUCCAAGAUGGCUGGGGGCAUGGUGGAUUGGAUUUCUCUUGGUGUGGCUCUUUGCUUGGUCCUUGAUAAUACCGUUUUCUUGCUUUCCAAAACAUCUACCAGGUACAGCAAAAAUUCAAGAUGAGAAAACUUCUCAGGCUCAUCAGAAUAAGAAUUGUUCCUUACAACAUAUAGAUAAUAAUUUUGGAAAAAGUUUUAAAGAUUUUCCAGCUGCUCUAAAGAAUUUGCUGCGGAAUACAGUUUUUAUGUGCUUGGUUGUAGCAACUUCUUCAGAAGCCUUAGUUACGACUGGGUUUGCUACAUUUUUACCUAAAUUUAUAGAAAAUCAAUUUGGAUUGACCUCUAGCUUUGCUGCUAUCCUUGGAGGAGCUGUUUUAAUUCCUGGGGCUGCUCUUGGUCAGAUUUUAGGUGGUGUCCUUAUUUCAAAAUUUAAAAUGACAUGUAGAAACACAAUGAAGUUUGCUUUGCUUACAUCUGUAUUUUCACUUGCAUUGAGCUUUGUAUUUAUUUAUGCCAACUGUGAAAACGAACCAUUUGCCGGUGUUCAUGAAACAUACAAUGGGACAGGAGAACUGGGGAAUUUGACUGCUCCUUGUAAUGCUGAUUGUAACUGUUUGCAAUCAAAUUAUUAUCCUGUUUGUGGAGGAAAUGGAGUCCAAUAUUUUUCUCCCUGCUAUGCAGGUUGUAAAAAUUCCAUUUUAGAAAAUCAGUCAAAGGUAUAUUACAACUGCUCAUGUAUUGAAAGGAAAACAGAAUUAACACCUACUGAAGCAGGUUUUAAUUUUGAAGCCAAGGCUGGAAAAUGUGGAACUCAAUGUCAAUAUAUGCCUGUCUUCCUUGGUGUUUUCUUUUUUACAAUUAUUUUUACCUUUAUGUCUGGCACUCCUAUAACUGUGUCCAUCUUAAGGUGUGUUAAUCAAAGGCAACGAUCACUAGCCUUAGGAAUGCAAUUUAUGUUACUUCGAGUAUUAGGCACAAUACCUGGACCGAUUAUAUUUGGUGUCAUGAUAGACAGCUCAUGUGUUCUCUGGGAUGUGAAUGAAUGUGGAGUUAAAGGAGCAUGCUGGGUAUAUGAUAACAUCAAGAUGGCUCACAUGCUAGUGGCCAUAAGUGUUGUUUGUAAAAUUAUCACCAUUUCCUUCAUUGGACUUGCAAUCUUCUUGUACAAACCACCACCAUCAGGCCCAGAAGUCUCAUUUCAACAUCAGGAUACUGUUGUGACGACUGUUUCACUAGACUGUGAUCUCAACAAGUCAGAAAACAUAGGGUAAAAUAGCAAACACAGAGACUAUAUUACAGUUGGAAAUUGGCCUCCAGUUGUAAAGUUAAAUAGUGCCAUAAUAGCAUUAUCUACCCAAAAUGUUUGGUAUAUGCAUCAUAUUUUUAGAAUUGAUAUUUAUAAUUAAUUGUAUUUUCUGUAUAUAUGAAUGAAUUCUUAUUUUAAGGUAAAAAAAUAGAGCUGUGCCUUCAGAGUCAACCAAAAGACCUAAAUCACUGUGUGUACUCCUCGUCUCAUUCACAUAUGAAAACUCCAACUAAUAAAGUAAACUGGGAGGGGGAAAAAAAAAA